AUGUACAUACAUCCACAUUGGGACCAGUAUCGACAGGUUGCGCCAGGUGGCUUCAUGAUAAUCCUGGGAAUCUACAUUACAAUCGUUGCCUUCAUCGGAACAAUCGGUAACAUGAUCGUUCUCUGGAUAUUCACCACCACCCCAUCCCUGAAGACCCCCUCCAACAUGCUGGUCAUCAACCUGGCCACUUGCGAUCUCAUGUUCUCAGCCAUCAUCGGAUUUCCCAUGAUGGCUCUGGCGUGUUUCAAAAAAUAUUGGAUCUGGGGAUUUGUUGGUUGUCAGUGGUACGCGUUUGUGGCAGGAGUCAGUGGCCUGGUAUCCAUCAACACCUUGACUGCCAUCUCAAUUGAUCGUUACAUGGUUAUUGCGAAACCUUUGUACAUGAUGCAAGCUGCAUCCAAAUCUAGGAGUCUCCAACAAAUUAUUUUUGUUUGGUGCUAUGCCAUCGGCUGGGUGCUGCCGCCGUGGUUCGGCUGGGGUGCAUUCAUGCCUGAAGGUUUUGGUUUCAGCUGCACCUGGGACUACCUGACUCGAACGACAAACAACAUUUCUUUUAACAUGUGCUUUGUUACAUUUCAGUUCAUCCUGCCAGUUUCGCUGGUGCUGAUUUGUUACGUGGGCAUCGUGAAUGCAGUGGCUCAGAACAGGAAGGAGAUGGGUCGGAUGUCAAAGGAUACAGCCAACCAAACCAAACAAGAAAUUCAAAUUGCUAAAGUCGUUGCCGUGAACGUACUCUUCUUUAUAGUCACGUGGCUUCCUUACGUCACAGUAGCCAUGCUGGGAGUGGCGGGCCACAGUCACUUAGUCACUCCCUACACAACUGAAAUCCCAGUCAUGCUGGCCAAAGCUUCCGGGGCGUGGAAUCCGAUCAUCUACGCGCUAAGCCAUCCAAGGUACAGAGAUGCCCUG